AGAGGUUUCCUGAGGGAGAGAGCUUUCCUGAGGGAGAGAGGUUUCCUGAGGGAGCAGUGGAAGUACUCCUCGGGCAGGUCAGGGCUUGAGAUGUCUUCGGUGGCCAAGCAUCCAAGAAGACAAUAUGGAACAUCUGCUAAAAGCAGCAAGCCAUGUAAACCUUUGCUGCCGACUUCUUAUGCUCCCCAAGAGGGCUGCUUAGAGGAGGGUGAAGACAUGCUAAGCAUUAAAGAACUGUGGAAGAAGGUGGCUGAUAAUUCAAAAAACAAUGAAGAGAGCCAUGAACAAUACCAGUCCAUUCAGUUAGGUGAUGCCAAGAGUAGGAACACUUGGAAAGAAGAGCUUUUCCAGUACUUUUAUGAGAUGGUUCAGAAAGAACGUGAUCAAGAGAGGCCUUCAGAUUGCGUUAUUGUUUCUAUCAACAAUGAAGAGAAGGACUACUCGACAGGCAUAGGUCAUCAGUUGCAGGAUCACGGCCUUGUGGUGGAAAUGAUUCACCUCUCCUCGGAAUCGAGUCUUAUGAGAGCACUCCAGGAAGUUAAAGAUGAUGGGUCCCCGUUUUGCAUUCUUGUCGAACAGUCUAACGUAAAACUUUCCUCUUGCACCGUAAUUAUACUUGAUGAGUCUAUCAAAAUACAUCGUCAUAUGCCUCUGGAAGAUGCCCUGCUGCUGGUGGCUAAAGAAUACAGGAGAAUUUUCUCUAAACGGGAGCACCAGGAACAUGCUGGAAUUGCUUUGCGGGCUGGAGAUCUCCUGGAUGACUUCUUGGCUAGGGAGCGCCUUCCCAGCUACUCUGUCCCUUCAGGCAUUCAGCACCUUAUUUUCCUGCUGACCGAGGGAAAGCACUUGCAUGGGAACGAGCUGAACCUGCUCAUUGACUACCUGAAGUCCAGGAGAGGUCAGCUGGAAGGCUUUGGGACGCCCAAGUCUUCGGCUGGCAGUGAUCACCCCUCAGUUCCAGGCAGGAGUCCCCCAGUUGUGAGCAAGCCGCCUCCACUUCUUCCAACCCCUGGAAAGGGAUCCUUCUCAGGCCCUCUUCCCUUCCUUCCUGCCAACUCCCCAUUGUUAGGGGACAGACCGGGAGGGGCCCUCCUUCCUCUACCAGGGUUGGUCAGUCCCAUAGGUCUGUUUGCUGCCCCCCUGCUUCCAGCAGUCCUUCCCGGGAGACCUAGUCUUCUGGGAGGCCCCCCUCCCAAGCGUACCAAGCGUCCACUGCUUGGGGAGAAGCCAGGCCUCCUAGCAGCACCGCCAGAUCUUCAGUCAGUGCUGCUCUCACUGGCCACUCAGUCCACGCCUUUGCCAAACUAAGGAAAGCUCCCCCGGGGCUCGGAGAACAAGGUGACUGCGGCCCGGACGGCAGCCUCACCCUCCUGGGAGGACCGGCCCCUGUCCGACUCAGUCCAAAUGUGCUUCCUUCUGUCCAGCACACGGUUCUGUGGAAACACGUUUCAUGUUUGGAGGUUCUUUGUGCUAAACUGGAGGUUUGUGGAAGAUCAUUGUUAUAUAGAUACUGGAUGUUGAAGUUGUUCGAUUACAUACAUAUUAACAUGCAAUAAAAACUUCUGGCUUUUACAGA